AUGGAAAAACAGGAAUUGGAAUCCAAAUUGCAAUCAUCAAAUAUUUCUUGGUUUUGUUCCCCAGGUAGCCCUAGUAUAUUGAUAAAGACGUCCAGCGGUGACAUAAAGGCACAGGAAGGUGAUCUUGUCAACCUGCUGUGUUCUGCUCAAGGUGAACCUUCAGCUGGGGGGAAACCAGAAACCACUGGAAAGUUUUAUGGAAAAGGACAAGCCCCAUCGCAGUUCUUUACUUGUAACAGUGAAAGAUCAAACAAGUUUCGGAAAAUAUACAGCAUUUGUCAUAUUCGAGAUCGGUUUGGAAGCACUACUCGCACAAUUUGGGUCCAAAAACUAAAAGAUGCAGGUAAUCUCGCUUUCUUAAUUUUAUUGUAAUAAUUUAAUUUCUUUUUCAAAAAUUGUUUAAUACAUCGUUCUGUAAUCUUUUUAAUCACUUGGCCACCUCCCUUCUCAGGCACGGACGAAAAAUAUCUUGUUGGAAUUGUAGUAUUAGCAAUUCUCCUCACGAUUUUACUCGUUAUCCUUGGACCUUGCUUAUAUUUAAUCUACCCUGCCUACUAAUAUGCGCAUAUCGAGCUCCUAAACAACCUGUCGAGCCUUUCAUUGAUUAUCUUGACGAUAUCACGCGCGAAGCUCUAUCAGAUUAGAUAAACAGAUAAUUAUAAUGGGUGACUUCAAUUGUGACUGCCUUGACGAAUCUGCUCCACAAACUACAAACCUAACACAACUGAUACCUGAACCGACAAGAUCAACUGCCUCCUCCGAAUCACUUAUCGAUCUGUUGAUAACAUCCUCUACCCAACUUUUCAGGUCAACAGCUCCGAAACGCUAUAAGUAAUAUAUGGGAUACGAUGAACAUGCUUGACGACCCUAACGACAAGCUAUUCAUUUGGGAGAAACUUUUUACGCCAGUCAUGGAUAUUUAUUUAUUUAGCUUUGCCAACUAGGGCAGGGUCACCACUGUGAGCCAAUGCCAAUUACUGUGAGCCCUUUUACCUAACCCACCCUGUGAACUUUCCCUGUGUGAGGAAACCGGAGUACCCAGAGGAAACCCACGACUUUCAGCACAGCGUUGACUUUUACUCUUUUUACAUGAGGACUGGGUUCGAAUCGCAUUGAGAAAGUUCUCACUGAGAUUUGAACCUGCGACCUUGGAGGUGAAGGGUCGGCACGAAGCUCUAGGAAGAUGUUCUGUGAUUGGUUGAUUAUGACAAUGACAAAAGAAUAAGCUAUAGAAUGGACUUUCUAAAGAACGAAGCAAGAACAAUAUUCCUUUUGUUUUUGUAAACCAAUUACGUCUUUUGUCCUUGUCUUAAUCAACUAGUCACAGAACAUCUUCUUAGAGCUUCGUGUUUAUACUGGGGGGUGAAAGGCAAGUGCGCUAACCACUUCGCCACCGAAGCCCCAUUUUCUUUCCCAUGAGACGUAAGUGAAUUAGGAAGAACUCGUAUCCGUGGAUAGACAGUAGUGUACUAGUUUUGAUGCGUAACAGAGACCAAGCUCGUAAAAAGGCUUUGAAAAACUAAAUCGGUCGAGGACUUUAACAUCUACAAAUGUGUCUUCGGAAUUGUGUCACAGGCGGGUUGCGUAAAGCCAAAUCUUCCGACUUUUUCCAACACACUGAAUUAGACGACUGCCGCGGUGAUCCAAAAGCCUUUUGGAAACUAAUGAAAAAAGUACUUCCACCGAAGAAUCGAACGACCAAAAUGGAUAAACUCGUUAUCCCUUAGCGAUUCUCUGAACUUACAUUUUACAUCGGUCGCUACAAAUCUCCUUUCUGCCAGAUCUCCCACAACGACGGCUUCUAAUUUCAACCUUGACUCCAAUUAUGAUCCACCAUCCCAGUUCCCCUCAUCAUUGGAAAGUUCCUCGUGAACCAAAUUCCAUUUCCGUCCAACAACUGAUGUUGAAAUCUCCAAUAUGUUGGCUAAUUUAAAUCCCAACAAAGCUACUGGGAAUGAUAACGUCCCGGCGAAGAUCCUUAAGAUAUCCUCGAACUGUAUUUCUCAAAGUCUGUCGUGCAUGUAUAGUCAAUAGUUCCUUGGAGACUGGAGUUUUUCCAAAUAGAUGGAAAAUUGCCAAAAUUUCAUCUAUUUUCAAGGGAAAUAUAGCUACAAAUCGAGAUAAUUACAGACCAAUAUCAAUUUUACCCUGCUUAUCCAAGAUAUGUGAAUCGUGUGUAAAUAACCAGAUGAAUGAACAUGACCAGGAAUUCCAAACUUUCUUCGAACCCAGUCAGUACGCGUACAAAAAACACAGCUCGACAUUGACAGCUUUAAUUCAAGUCAUAGAUUCCCUGCAGAAACUCACUGUAUGUGGCAUGGAUCAAAAACAAUAUUCACUCUUUAUCGAUUUGCGGAAGGCGUUCGAUAUUAUUGAUCAUCGUGUUCUUCUGGAGAGAUUAAGUAAAUAUGGGUUUGGGGAAACCGAGGCUAAUUGGAUCUGCUCAUAUCUAACUGACAGGCAACAAUAUGUCGUGUGCAAUGGUGUCCAAUCUCAACAGUUACCAAUAAAUUAA